GGUAUCAGUAGGAACAGGAAGAGUACCUGUUCAGGUGGACCAGGACGACUCGUUAGAAGAACCAUCAUGGCACUCCAAUGGGUGAAGCCGUGGAUCGCUCUGGUCUUCGGACUAUCUGCUGCACAUUCUGAGACUGUUAUGAUUCCAGACAUGACUUCCAUUGGGAGUCUAUAUGAUUCCAAACUGCAAAUCGUAUCAGCAGGAGCAAGUCCCACUCAUAACGGGCAGGUCUGCAGCACAUGGGGUAACUACCACUACAAAACCUAUGAUGGAGACCUCUUCCAGCUGCCCUACACCUGUAACUACGUGCUGUCGUCGUUGUGUAAGAGAAGCAGCGGCUACGAGGUCUUUAACAUAAAGCUGCAGCGCGGGGAGGUAGAUGGGCUGCCAACCAUCACCAAGGUUUCGUUGAAGCUGGAUGGAACCUUCGUGGAGCUGGCCAACGGUAACGUCAGCGUCAACGGAUUACAGGUCACCAUACCGUUUGGUCAGUUUAACGUCUUCAUUGAGAGGACCGUUUCCUAUGUGAAGAUCACAGCCAAGCUGGGGUUAGUCGUCAUGUGGAAUGAAGAUGAUUCCCUCUGGGUGGAGCUGGACUCAAAGUUCCAGAAUCAGACAUGUGGGCUGUGUGGUGACUUCAACGGAGUCCAGAACGAGUUCAAUAGGAAUGAUGAUUAUCUGAAGACAAUCGACUAUGCUGAUAUUUGGAAGAUGAAUGGCCCAACAGAAACCUGUACAGAAAUCCCUGUUCACACUGAGCAGUGUGAAGACCAGACCAAACUUUGUGAGCAGCUUCUCACCAGUCUUGCCUUCAGUAGCUGUAAGGACCUGAUUGCCACAGACUCCUUCAUCAAGGCCUGUGCAGAAGACAUGUGUCACUGUGGCAACAGCAGCAGCAGUGUCACCUGCGCCUGUCCCACCCUGUCAGAGUACUCCCGCCAGUGUGCUCACGCAGGGGGGAAACCCCAGGAGUGGAAGACCGACCAGUUCUGCUUGGAGACGUGUCCUUUAAGCAUGCAGUACCAGGAGUGUGGUAGUCCCUGCACUGAUACCUGCUCCAACCCAAAGAGGAACCAGCAUUGUGAGGAACACUGCACCGACGGAUGCUUCUGCCCUGCUGGAACCGUGUUUGAUGACAUCACUCAGACUGGCUGUGUAGCUGUGAACCAGUGCUCUUGUCUCCACAACGGACAUUCUUACCUUCCUGGACAAUCAUUCUCAAGGACAUGCCACAAAUGUACCUGUAUCCAAGGCCAGUGGAGUUGUAUGGAUCUAGAUUGCCCUGCUACCUGCUCCAUAGUGGGAGGUUCCCACAUCACCACCUACGAUGGGAAAGCCUACACCUUCCAUGGAGACUGCUCAUAUGUCCUGUCCAAGCAAACCAACGAGACUGCUUUCACAGUCCUGGGUGACAUAGUGAAAUGUGGGAAGACGGACAUUGAGACCUGCCUAAGAUCUGUAACCCUGGUGACUCCAGAGUCCACGAUAAUCGUCAUCGAGGCCAGUGGAAGGGUCUUUGUCAACAAGAUGUUUUCUCAGAUGCCGCUUUUCAUGGCUGAUGUAAGGAUCUUUCAGCCCUCUACGUUCUACAUCGUUGUGCAUACCUCUUAUGGGCUCCGUCUAGAGGUCCAGCUAACACCUAUAAUGCAGGUCUACAUCGUAGCUAGCAGUUCACACAAAGAAAAAACCCAGGGUCUUUGCGGAGACUUUAACGGCGUCCGCGCUGACGACUUCAGAACCAUCAAUGGACUGGUGGAAGGAACCGCUGUGACGUUCGUCAACAUGUGGAAGAACAAAGCAAGCUGUCCUGAUGUGGCACAGAACUUUGAGAUCCCAUGCAGUCUGAGUGUAGAGAACGAGAGAUAUGCCAAGUACUGGUGCUUGAUGCUGUCAGAUCGUGAAGGAAUAUUUUCCCAAUGCCACACUGAGAUCAACCCAAAUUACUACAAGGAAAUCUGCCUAUAUGACAGUUGUAACUGUGAGAGGAGUGAGGAGUGCAUGUGUGCUGCGGUCUCCUCCUACGUCCAUGCAUGUGCUGCUGCAGGCGUCCUGCUCAGUGGAUGGAGAAACACCACCUGUGGGAAGUACUCCUCUAGCUGCCCUGACACGAUGGUCUAUGACUACACCAUGACCAGCUGUGACCGCACCUGUCGUUCACUGAGCCAGACAGACUUUACCUGCCAGUUAGACCAUGUGACUGUGGACGGCUGUGGCUGUGCCGAGGGAACCUACCUGAACGACCAGGGAGAGUGUGUCCCUGCCUCACGCUGCUCCUGCUACAAUGGAGGCACAGUAGUACCCCCUGGAGAGGUCACCAGGAUCUAUGGGGCUACAUGCUCUUGCAGACAAGGGAAAUUAAGCUGUACUGGAGAACAACAACAUUUAUCCUGUGAAGAACCAAUGGGUUUCUUCAACUGUUCUAGUGCAGGGCCCGGAGCCAAGGGCUCAGAGUGCCAGAAGAGCUGUCAAACACUAGACAGUCACUGUAUCAGUGCAGAGUGUGUGUCAGGCUGUGUAUGUCCUGAUGGUCUGCUGUCUGAUGGAAACGGAGGAUGCAUCAAGGAAGACCUAUGUCCCUGUUCUCACAAUGGAGUCUAUUACCAACCUGGACAUGUGCUCAAAGUAGACUGCAAUACCUGCACUUGCGAAGGCAGAAAAUGGCAGUGUACCAAUAAGCAGUGUGAUGGGAUGUGUGCCAUAUAUGGAGAUGGGCAUUUCAUCACUUUUGAUGAGGAAAGGUUCACUUUCAAUGGAGAUUGUGAAUACAUUCUUACUCAGGACUACUGCAGCAACAAUCCAAACGGUACCUUUAGAGUGAUCACAGAGAACAUUCCCUGUGGAACCACCGGCACCACCUGUUCCAAGGCCAUCAAGCUCUUCUUGGGGAGCAAUGAGAUCAUACUAGCAGAUGAAUCUGCAAAAGUGAUCAAACAAGAGAACGGGGUUGACGUGCCAUACCAGGUCCACUCUAUCGGUCUCUAUGUUGUUGUUGAGGCUGAAAAUGGCCUGAUCCUCAUGUGGGACAAGAAGAAUAGCCUGUUCAUCAAACUCAGCUCUACCUUCCAGGGCCAAGUGUGUGGUCUGUGUGGAAACUACGACGGUAAUGGAAAGAACGACUUCACGUCCAGAAACCAGGAAGUGGUUGUUGAAGCUCUGGAGUUUGGGAACAGCUGGAAAGUGUCACCCAGUUGCCCCAACGCUGAUGUCAUAAAAAACCCAUGCACUUUAAGAUCAUACAGGCAGUCCUGGUCUCUGAAACGCUGCAGCAUCAUCACCAGUAACGUUUUCUCAGCCUGCCACUCACAGGUGGACCCCACGCCAUUCCAUGAUGCCUGUGUGAGGGACUCGUGUGCCUGUGACACUGGGGGAGACUGCGAGUGUUUCUGUACAGCUGUAGCAGCCUACGCCCAGGCCUGUAACGAGGCAGGGGCUUGUAUCAAGUGGAGAACACCAGAUAUCUGCCCUCUGUUCUGUGAUUUCUACAACCCUAUUGGUGAGUGUGAGUGGCAUUAUAAUCCGUGUGGAUACCCCUGUAUGAAGACCUGCAAGAAUCCCUCAGGAACAUGCUCCAGUCAGAUCCCUGCACUGGAAGGUUGCUAUCCAAAAUGUUCUUCGGCCCAGCCUUAUUUGGAAGAAAGUACCAUGAAGUGUGUCACUAAGAAGGACUGUGGUUGCUACGAUGGAGAUGGAACUCAUUACAAUGAUGGAGAGGUUAUACCUUCCAAGGAGAACUGUCAGCCAUGUCGUUGCUCAUCGACUGAGGUCAGAUGCAGCUAUGAUGUCCAAGCUUGCUAUUGUUUAUACGACGGCAGAACAUACCUUUAUGGAGCGACCGUAUAUCACACAUCUGACGGUGAUGGGACCUGUAUUACUGCCACCUGCAAAGAGAAUGGAACUAUUGUCCAGAUUAUGAACCCCUGUAUCGGCAUCACAACUCCAACAACUACACCAAGUGUUACAACAACACAGAUAUCCAAUCAAGCACCGACCACAUUUGUUUUCUCAACUCCUGCCACUACCCCAGCAACAACCCCUACCGCUACCCCCACAACAACCCUUACCACUACCCCCACAACAACCCCUACCACUACCCCUACAGCAACCCCUACCACCUCCACAACCCCUACCACUACCCCCACAACAACCAUAACAGAGGAAGUUUCAACUGGUCCAGAAUCAACAACACCUACUACCUCUACCACAACAACAACAACAACAACAACAACAACAACAACAACAACAACCACCACAGAAAGUCCAUCAACCACAACAACAUCUAAGACAACAACAUAUUCCACACCAAGUAAAACAACAGAGGAAAUUACAACUGGUCCAGAACCAACAACAACCACAACAACCAUUACUCUGACAACACCCCCUUCCACUACCCCCACAACAACCCCUACUUCACCAACACCCACUUCACCCACUACUACUCCACACUGCCUGACCAACACUGUCUGUGAAUGGUCAGACUGGAUUAGCAAAUACUAUCCCUCUGUUGGACCAGAAGGAGGAGAUUUUGAAACCAUAGAAAAUAUAAGGAAAUCUGGUAUUGAUAUUUGUAGCCAACCGAAGGAAGUAGAAUGCAGAGCCAAAGACAACAUCUAUGUUCCUUUGGCCGAACUAGGUCAAAAUGUUGAAUGCAAUCCCUCAGUUGGACUGAUAUGCCGCAACAAGGAUCAAGGCAUCCCACCAAUAUGCUACAACUACGAGAUCAGAGUCAGAUGUUGUGUUGAUGUUUGUAGCAAUGAGACUACAACCACCUCAGAAAGGCACACAACAACCAUGACAACAUCAACAACUACCCCAACAACAAGAACAACAAUAGAAAGAAAUUACAACUGGAACAAAACCAACAACAUCGACAACAAACAUUACACCUUCAACAACCCCUAUCACUACCCCCAUAACAACCACCACUUCACCAUCAAGCACUUCACCCACUAUUACUCCACACUGCCUGACCAAGACUGUCUGUGA